AUGGCAGAAACGAAGACGGCAUUGUCUGAAUCCGGCCGAAUUCUUCAAUUUACGCUCAAGGACGAACAGGACGAGAUUUUUACCUUUAAACAUAACAAGAAUGGUCAUCAUUACGAGGCAACGACGCCUGCAAAAAACAAACGCGUUUUGACUGUCCCUGGUCUUCGCUUUAUGGGUAGAUCUGGUCGUUCGGGCGAAACCGUCGAUUUGGUGCUGGUUACUAGCAACAUCGACAUCGAGUUCAAAUGCCUGCAAGCGCUCAGAAACAACGCAGCAUACACCCAGAAC